AAAGACCGUGAUGAGAAGCCUGAAGACUUGUCAGCCUCCGUCUCAAGACAGAGCAAAUCCCGAGCCCCACUGAGGAGGUGCCCAGGAUGCAGUCUGGAGCAGAGCCUGAGCCCGAGCCCGAGCCCGAGCCAGAGCCCAAGCCUAAGCCCAGGCCACCUGCUCUUUCUGCAAGGGGACCCCAAACCAAAGCUGUCAAACCCAGACUGGGAGUGUCUCCAGAGGCUCAAUCCAAAGCCGAGCUUCCUCCUCUUUGUGGUUCUUUUUUCUUUUCUGUCACCACUUCUGAUUCUAGCCUUGAUUCCCUACCUUCUAAAGUGGGGCAAGAGUCAGAGACAGAAUCCUCAAAAAGCCUUUCUAUCCUUUCCUCUUUCUCACCUCCCACCAUAGAUCCUGUUUCUACCUCUACUCCAAUUGAAAACUGGCCUUUUUCUCAGGAGAGCCUGGCCAGUUCUGAAAGACCUUUCCUUCUUGCAGUGAAAUCUCAAAAAGAGGGUUCAGUUCGAGUUUCAAAUGCUUCCUCUGGUUCCCUGGAAUCACUUGAUAAGCAUUCUCCAUUGCAUGAAGGAAAUGGAGUCUCUGUAGAAGAGGCUGGGGAGAUAGAUGUAGGAAAGAGUAAAGAGAGCAGGAAAUCAAGACCCUUCCUGGAGAUCCUGGAAACUGCACAUGAUGAGCACCUUCCAAAAGAACAAAAAGAAAAGGUCCCAACAUUUCCCCAAGUCAGCCAACCAGAAUAUCUCCCUCCAUCAAAAGACCCCCAACAAAAUAGUACUCUCACUGAAGACACAAGUGGGAGUGGAAAGCCUUGGAUGACAGGGAGUACAGAAUUUACAUCUUCUUAUGGGUCAUCUUUGGAAGAUGAAGACCAAGUCAGUGAUCCUGGAGUGGUUUCUGCUAAUGAAGGAGCUGAAUCGCCAUGUAAAAUGGAAGAUUUGGCCACACCAUUUGACUCUGUAGUUGGAAAAAACAACUUAACUGGUCUGCAUGUUAGAGAGGGCCGCAAGAAGAUCAAGAAGCGUGUGUCCUUUUCUGAGGAGCUUUUUCCAGAAGAGGAGGUAGAAAAGGAGAAAAACAAACUUCUAGAGCUGAAGUCUAAAGGUGUAGUGAAUGAUACAUUAUUUGACAGAGAACCAGAGGAAAUUAAGAAGAAAAAGAUGACAACUGAACCAAACAGUCUUUCUUUACCGCUCAAAUCAGGAUCAGGGGCUAUUUUUGGACUCAGUCAUGAUGAGCCAGCUUCCCUGACUGACUUCUUUCUCUCCUUUGAUCCACCUGUCAGUAGUGUAUUGAUGCUUGAGUCUCAUGGGAAGCAUUCUUCAGAAGAUCUGUUGAGGGAAUCCAGAUCAGAAAAGGCCACUCCAUUAUUCAGGAUUGAGCGCUAUGAAAAUUUUAGUGAGAAUUAUCAGAGCAAAGCCAGCGAUCUUGAAGGCCUGCUGUCCGACCCCUUGAGAAGUUUUGAUUCGGUUUCAGAUCUCAGAUCUCCACUUAUGGGGGAUCUGAACCUGACACUUCCUUCUAUUCCAGAAGUAACAUCAGAUGAUGAGAGAGUAGAACAGUUGGAAUAUGUCAGAAUGACUCCAACCUCAAAGAAUCAUCUGGAAAAGGAAACACCAUUCUGCUCAUCAGCCACUUCUUCUGAGGAGGAAAACCUGAGCCUGUCAGAGGGACAGAGCCCUGAUGCAGGGGUAUCCGCAUUGUUUCAAGAGGAACAAAAUGCCCUCCAAAUGGAAAAACCUGAAGAUUUUGUUAACUCUUCCAUAUUGUCUUCAAAGCAGACCACAGCACUGGGUGUUUGCAAACUACACCAUGGGGAAGGCUUAGGUUUAGAUAAAGAUAUCCCAAUCCCUGAGAGUUUGGAGAAGCAGGGAUGGAGGGAGGAGGUUAACCAUAUCGAGGAAAGUAGGAGUCAAAGGUCAUCUUCCCAGGCCUCUCCUGUUUCGGGUCACUCCCUUUCUGAGAACUUUAAUGCAACACACUCUUUCCCUGGCUCUCUACACUCUGAUACUUAUCACACAAAUAGAGCAGAAUCUCCCCAAAAAACAUCAGCAGAAAGCUCGGCUGCUAAAGUUGAAAAUUCUGACAAGAUGAAGCAGCUUCUCCGGGCAUGGGUUUCGCCCUCAGAGCCACAUCCAUUCCCAGCUCAGCCAACUGGUGGAACCACUGUGUCUGCCAAGCACAGAACUCAUCCUGUGAAACCAAUGAACGCAACAGCAACAAAGACCCCUCCCACCAGUUUGGGUACUGCUUCCAUCAUCAGUGAGAACUUGCUUAAUGAGACCAUUACGAAGAAAUACAAGCCAUCUGAUCCAGAAUUCGCUUAUACUCAGUUAACCCACGACGAGCUGAUCCAGCUGGUCCUGAAACAGAAAGAAACAAUAAGCAAGAAGGAGUUUCAGGUUCGUGAGCUGGAGGACUACAUUGAUAACUUGCUUGUCAGAGUCAUGGAAGAGACCCCCAACAUUCUCCGCUCUCCAGCGCAAUUAAAGAAUAAAGCAGGGAAGAUGUGAGUCAUGGCAAUAAAGGAAUGAAACGAUUUUUUGUGAGUUUGUUUACACCUCCCUUUUUGAGGUCAUGGACUUUCUGUAUGUAUGACAACCGGCAAGUAGGAUCUGAAUCUGAAUCACCAAAUAACUUCCUUGCAAGUACUCUGGCAAGAGAGUCUGUUCCAUUGACUGAAGGCAGGUUAAUUAUGACAGUGAAUCUCUUAAUGUACAUUCCCAGAAUUUUAUUCAAGACAUUCUCCCUUUAAGUGCAUCAUAAAUAUUUUAUUCAUACUAGGGGUAUAGUAACAAGAUCUAAUCUAGGAGGCAGAGAUUCAGAAGGCACAGAAACCAUUCAUGCAUUUUUAGCUGUAGGGUUUUCUAACUUUGAUGUUUGGAUUUUUUUUCCUUCCUUUCAUCCCAGUGUCUGUCUGUGAAUCUUUAUAGCACAGAGUGGACUCAUUUUCUUGAGUUUUAUUAGCUUAGGUGUAGUUCUCCUGGCCUUAGAUGUUAAAUUUUGCUACUUUAACAUUUUUGAUAUUGCUUCUUGGGUUUGCCUUUGGUUAUUCAUUUAACCUUGGCCAGGAUCAUUUAGGGACUACUUUUUUAAAGUGCCUGGGGGGUAUGCUAAGUGAGCUGUUUUUUUUUCUGAACCCAAACUCCUGGUCUUACUUACUGUGCUUUGACUAGGCCCAUGUGAUCUUUUCACUGCGGGCCAUGAAAUUAAGAGAUAAAAUGGGGGAAGCUGGUAACACAGCUGCCCUUUACUCCCUUGCAUAUGGUCAGGGAGACUCAGUGAGAGUCACUGGUAUCUUGAUACCAGGUUCCCCCUGGGCAGGAGGAUUAUAUAAUUAUAGAGGGGAAAUUGAGACAGAUGAAACCCUGAGGAGACAUUGACAGGUUAAUCCUAACCCUAAAGUCACAUAACUAUUAAGAACCAGAAUUAAAGUCUAGAUCUUAAUUCAAAAUCCAACAUUCUGCCACAUUGCAUAUUGAUGGUCUGCAUGACCUAUGUGUCUUCUGUAAGGAUGUACUUCCUUAAUUCCCCUGGUGGUUGCACCCAAUUCUCAAAUUUCCUCAGUAGUCUUAUCUUAAGAAAAUGGGGUUUAUGGUGGAGCAUGCCAUUUGAAUCCUAGAGGAUGGGAAAUAUAGACCAGUCUCAGGGGCUCCAGAGUAAGAGUGCUUCUUGGCCCCACUUGUAGUGAAAUCUGGCUCGUUUCUAAGUGGUUGAGGAAGUUACAGCCUUAACAUAUUUAGUAAUAAUUUUACAAAGCCAGGAGCAAUCAGAAAUGACCCAGAUGGUUGAUACAACAUAAUCUGCCCAUCUGCUUCAGUUUGCUGCUGCUCCUUUCUCUUGGUUCCAUACCAAGGGGAUAAAGAGGGGGAAAGUACAACAGGAAUUCCUGGUAGGAAUUGGGAAAAGCAAGACACGAAUUCAUUUCUGCAUUCGUAGUUAUGUUAUUUUAAAAACAGAAUAUUUUUUAUAACCCAAGGACAAAACUAGGUCAUUUAUGCUCUUGUGAAUAUUGAUGCCAUUGGGACAUUUCUUGUAUUGCACAUCUCAGCUCUGAUGUCUUCCUAUGGCAUAUUGUUUGUGGGCCUUUUGUGUGUAGAGACAGAGAGAGAGAGAGAGAGAGAGAGAGACUGUAGUAAAGGUUGUUGAGCUGGGAAUAGAUUGAGUGUAAAGCUGCUUCUGUUUCUCAAAGUUCAGAGUCCAUACUGCUUGGAUUGGUGAACAAGAAGGAAAUCUCUCCUCUUUUUUUUAAGGAUUGCUUUUGCUGCAGUAUUUGUUAUAUCAGAGCACUUUAAUCUGAAGGGUGGUACUGUAAUUCCAUUUAGCUAAAUGGCUUUUUUUUUAUUAAGUAUGAGUGAAUUUGCCUAAAACUGUUAUAUUUAAUGUUCUACAACACCAGAGACCACUGGAAGCUUCUUUUCAGAUAACUUGUGUUUUGUAGUGAUGCAAAAUAUAUUUAUAUACACACACAUAAAAAUCUAUAUCUUCUUUUGAAUUAUGAAAAUGUAUAUAUAUAUAUUUGUUCCUUAUUUUGUUUCUUACUUUAUAUAAAACUUAUUUUUUACUGUGAUGACCCAAGUGUGCUAGAAAAUUUGAGGCAAGUUUGUUUUGCAGGAUUUCUUUUUUUUUUUUAGAAGCAGCUGGUAUGGAGAUGUUCAGUACUCCUCAUGAUAGAUGAUUGGUUUGAUAAUCUUUCUUGCUAGGACCUCAGGUACGUAAAGGCACAAUUAGUAUUUAAGUGAGACAACUUCAGAGGAGGGAAAUGGGCCCAACUGCUACUUGGGGAUUGAGAAGGAGAAUAAAGGCAUAUUUGGUUCAAGUGCCUCUAACUCCCCAGCACUGCUGGGAAAAAAACUCAUUCUGUAGCUUUACCUCACUAAGCAGUAGUUUGGAGAUCUCCUGAGGAUCUCUUCUGAUUUAAUUUACAUGCUGGAAAAGCCUUAACUUUUUUUGAGCCAUUAGCAGAGUUCUGCAAAUUUAUAAAAACUGAUUGUAGCCAGUUUCUGGGCAGGUCUCAGGGGCUUUUAAAUAAACCAGAAGAAGAAUGGGGACUUGCCUCCAAGCUGUGUUUUAAAUGGCAGCCUAAUUGGUCUCUAGACAGAGAUGUGUUCUACAUAUCUCAGUGGCCGGAGCUCUGCUGUGUUUGACAGUGCCCUGACUACCUCCUGAAAGGAACCAGUGCCUUUUAAGCAUCAAAUUCAUUUAGAGAGUCAGACCCCUACAAUAUCAAACCUCUGCCCAGAGAAUUUCUUACACUGUGUGGUACCUUAGAUGUUUUAACUGGGCUUUCCCCUUGUGUUUACUAUUUUAUUUGGGUGUACUUUCAGGACACAGUAGAAGGGAGGAAAAGAAAAAAAACCCUUCCCAGGCUGAUGGUGAGAAAAAAGAGAGAAUGAUAGAAUAUGAAAGAUAAAAAUGGAGGUAGGGAAGUGGGGAAGAGACAGUCCCAACAGUGGGAACUAUCCAAAAAUUCCGGAACUGUGAAGGAAGGUCCUUGAUGAUUCUUAGCCGGUAGGAAGAUGCAUAUUGAAGUUAUAGAGGAUCUAACUCAUUUUCUCAGUCACUGAUUAAGUUGAUGCUGCCUCCAGGGCACUAAGCUGAGAAGCUAAUCUAGGUCAUGGGGGAUUUAUUACCAGACCUCACUUUGGGUAUGGUUUCUCAGUCUGCGGUAGGGUUGUUUGUGAAAUGAAAACAAAAUGUUGAAGGAUCACAUGGUGUCUUUGGAUUACAUUGUGUUUGUGUUUGAUAUGUCCUGCAUUGUGACUUUGGGACCUUUGGAUUUCUUUGACUUUGUUUUAAAGAAGUGAAAUCUCUGAGAACACUAAAUAAAAUGAUCCUAUUCUAA